AUGUUGAUACCUCUGUUCCACGUCACUCUCCAUGGCAAGAAAGUAUCCUACUCCGGGCCUCGUUUUAAACUCAGUGCAGCAGCAGUUUACGCGACUAUCGCUUUGGCACCAGGCGAGAAUUUGAAUUGUAUCGUCUCGCUCAGCUCCUACUACGAUCUACGUGUCAGUGGCGCGUACAAGAUUCGAUACCAGCAGUUUGCUGAUCGUGUCCUGAAAACUCAUUCUGCUGCUCCUAAGGCAACUAUCGUGUCGAACAUCCUGACACUCCAACUCAACGGCGUUAGGAAUGCAGUUUUGGAAGAAGUAGACCGACGUCGUCUCCUGCUCAGUUCAAAAAAGGAAACCGCUGCCGGUAAGACGGAGUCCCCUCAGAUCACUUUCAACAACGAAUGUACUGACGAGCAGAAAGCCACCAUCGAAGCUGCUAUCGUACAAGCCAAAGAGUACACGAAGGAAACACAACGUUUCUUGGCUAAUGACAUAUUAAAGGAAAAAACGGAGCGCUUCACCAAAUGGUUCGGUGUAGCAGAAGGUGAUUCUGAAAGAAGUUCAGCUGUCCAGGAAGAACACUACAGUGCAAUCACGGAUCACUUCAUCAACGUCAAAGAUGUUCUUCACAACAAGCCGCAGAAGUACUUUUGUCGAAUCGUUGACGUUGACCAUUGUACGAGUGGUACCUUCGCCUACGUUUACCCGGAUAUGCCCUAUGAGUACAAUCUAUGCAGCACAUUUUUCGAAGCGUCAGUGGCUGGCACAGAUUCGCAAGGCGAUGCACUUAUUCACGAAACAACUCAUUUUCUUGUCGUUGCUGGUACCGAUGAUGUUGCGGAUACCGGUGAUAAUGCGGCUACAUACGGCCAGGAGAAGUGUGAAAAACUGGCUAAGAAGAACCCGACUUUAGCAGUUCAGAACGCAGAUAACAAUGAAUAUUUUGCUGAAAACUCUCCGUUGAUGAACUCUUAG